CAGCUGUUGUAUUGCAGGUGUUUCUCUUUUGGGAUUGGGGAAGGGGCCAGCUCUGCUCUCAUCAAUGGGAUGGCCAAGGAAGGAGGAGGUCACGCUCAGUUCAUCACAGGGACUGACAGGAUGCAACCAAAAGUGAUGCAGUCGCUGCGAUUUGCUCUGCAGCCAGCUGUGGAAGAUGUUUCUGUUACAUGGGAUUUACCAAAGGGAUUAACUGUCACCGUCCUCUCUCCACCAAUCACAACCAUUUUCCAGGGUAAAAGGUCACUGAUUUAUGCACAGCUUACUGGACAGAGCUCAGAGGCAGCAGAGGGCUGUGUGACGGUGAAGUACAGCCUGGCAGGUCAUCCCUCUGAGAACCAGCUGCACUUCAGUCUCAGACCUGCAGAGGACGCUGGCUUAAUAGUCCACAGGUUAGCUGCUCGGACUCUUAUUUGCUUGCUAGAGAUGGAAGCAGAAAACAAUCAGGAAAAAGAAGAAGUAAAAAAGAAGGUGGUGCAGCUGAGUGUCCAAUCAGGAGUGAGCAGUUCUUUCACUGCUUUCAUUGCUGUCAAUAAAGACAACAACAAGGAGAUUCAAGGACCUCUUCUGCACCGAGAUAUUCCAAUGGCUGGUCUAAUGGGAUUUGCUGCUACCCCUUGCUGUCUAAGAGCUAAUAUUUCCAGUUUUUCACCUGGUCUCGAUUACUACUGUGCAAUGGAUGACUCUGAAGCAGAUUCUGAUAUGGAUUUUGGAAACCCUCCAGAAUUCGAAGACGAGUGCUAUUACGAAGCACUGCCGGAUGAAGAAUUUCCACCUGCUAAGAAGCCACCCAGAGACCCUUUGCUACAGUUAGUCUCCCUCCAGAAGGCGUCUGGCUGCUGGCUGCUUGAUCCAGCUCUGGCUGCUGCACUGGGAAAGACCAACCAGGAGGUGGAAAAGUCAAAGCCUGAAAAGGCCAGCAGUGAAGUGUGGGCCACCAUUCUGGCUCUGAUCUGGCUUCAUGGUUUCAAGAUGGAUGCAAAGGACGAGUGGGAGCUUCUGGCUGCAAAGGCUGUGUCAUGGCUCAGUGCGCAAAAAGCACCGUCUGUGACAGAGUGUGUGGAAGCCGGAAAUAUAUUGUUGGGUUGCAGUGUGCAAAAAACUGCCCUUGGCCUCUGAGGUUUUUUAUAAACUAACAACUUCUUUAUGAUUCAUACACAGAAGCAGAUUUACUUCAUACUUCAUCCACAUUAAUCUUUGCAUCGUCCAACUUUAUUAUCUAAUGUGCCUUAUUUUAUGCUGCGUGUGUCCAAAGUCAGCUUUGUAAGAGUAGCAGAGAUUAUUGCUUUUCUAUUCUAACUUUAAUGUUGCUGUUUGCUUGAAAGCAUCAAAUAUUAAACAAAUAAAAACACA